CCUCUAGACUGGAGCAACAUGUCGGGACUUUAACACUUGCCUUUUAGCUUUUUUAUUCUGAUUGUUUUUUUUGUUUUGUUUUGUUUUGUUUUGUUUUGUUUUUCCUUGACUGGACCUACAUCUCCAGCUUUAGCAUGGAGCUGGGAAAAGUUCAUUUGAAUUUAAAGACACUUCUGCUGACAAUGAUGAUGUUCAAGUGGGGAACACUCUGCUCGGCCACAUCAGAAAAAUGCCUGUCUGCGCCUUGCCAGAACGGCGCCACCUGUGUGGACACCAUGGAUGAUUAUGCUUGUAUCUGUACCAGAGAAGGUGUGCUGUACAUGGGCAAAAACUGCAAUGAACUUUAUGAUGGCUGCUCCUUUGUGCCAUGUGACGACUGCACCAGCACCCUAGGAACCAGGGAAUACCACUGCAUAUGCCCAGACGGACUCACAGGAGACAAUUGCACUGAGGAGGUGGACGAGUGUCAGAGCAACCCUUGCUCUGAGCCUCGUUCUCUGUGUGUGGACCAGUUUUACGGAUACUUCUGCAGGUGUCCGGCUGGAUAUGGAGGUCAGGACUGCAGGACGCAUGUGACCGAUUGCAUCGAUAAACCCUGCAUGAACAAUGGCACCUGUGUGCUCCGACCAAAUGGCUUUGAGUGCCACUGUGCAGCAGGGUUCAGAGGGAGGACCUGUGAGGAAGACGUGAAUGAGUGUUUAUCGGAACCCUGUCAGAACGGCGCCAUCUGUAUUGACGGAGUGGCAGAGUACCGUUGUUUCUGUGUGCCCGGCUUUCAGGGCCACAACUGUGAAAUAGACAUUAAUGAGUGUGCUUCUCAGCCAUGUGAGAACAAUGCUACCUGCAUCAACGAGAAGGACCACUAUGAAUGUGAAUGCAUGGUGGGCUUCACAGGAGUCAACUGUGAAACUGAAUUAGACGAGUGUGACUCCCAUCCCUGCCAAAAUGGAGCCACCUGCCAUGAUUUGACUGGAAUGUACUCUUGUGAGUGCCUGGCUGGGUUUGACGGCAUCAACUGUGAGGUUGAUGUAGAUGAGUGUGCCAGCCAGCCCUGUCAGAAUGGAGCCUUCUGCCAUGACAUGGUAAACAGCUAUGAAUGUGACUGCAGUGACACAGGGUUUGAGGGCAAACACUGUGAAGUGGAUAUUGCCGAGUGUGCCUCAGAUCCCUGCCAGAAUGGUGCCACAUGUAUAGAAGAAGUCAACGGAUAUGUUUGUCUUUGUUGGCCAGGUUAUGAAGGAGCAAACUGUGAAGUUGACAUUGAUGAGUGUGCUGAGCAGCCCUGUCAGAAUGGUGGCGAGUGUUUUGAGCGCUCAGAUCCUUCUCACUGGGAGCAGGACUGGGAGCUCAGGUUUUCAGACGCAGCCGGCUACAUCUGCCAGUGCCAGGGAGGUUUUGCAGGAGAAAACUGUUCCAUAAAUAUAGAUGAAUGUGAAUCUGAACCGUGUCAGAAUGGAGGCGCUUGUGAGGAUAAAGUCAACGGCUAUGUCUGUGUGUGUCCUGUUGGAUUCUUAGGUGAGCUGUGUGAGUUGAACAUUGAUGAAUGCGAGAGCCAACCCUGUCAAAAUGGCGGCUGGUGUGAAGAUGGCAGAGCAUCUUACACCUGUCACUGUCCUGAAGUUGAGCCUGGUGAACUUCCAUGGGGAGGUGACCACUGUGAGGUUAAACUCUACGGGUGUGUUGGCCACAAAUGCCAGAAUGGAGCCAGCUGUCUUCCGACGUUGGAAGAAGGAAAGGACAGCCACACGUGUUUAUGUCCGCAUGGCUUCUAUGAUGAGCAAUGCUCCACCAGCACAACAUUCUCACUGUCCUCCCCUGGGUUCAUUCAUAUCCAGAUUGCUCUCAAAGAGAAAGUCCGCAGGGAGGUGGAGCACCGUGGUCACCAAGGUUUGGGGUUGCAGCUUCGCUUCCGGACAACCUUACCUAAUAUGUUGAUCUUCUACAGAGGAGAUCUGGAUAACUAUCUUUUCCUGGAGAUUGUUAACGGUGGUCUUCAUGCAAAAGCAUUUUCUGAAGAGACUGAAUUGGAUGUUACAUUUGUUGGCCCGGUGAGUGAUGGAGACUGGAGGGAUGUUCAUGUGUUUUUGGAUAACGGAAGUCUAUUCUUGACCCUAAAGGGUCCUGACUGUAACAGAGAUGGAUGCACAGUCACAGAUGGUGAUGAUGGGGAACCUCCUUUCCAGCCCUCUCAAGCCUUCACUGAUGUUUACAUAGGGGGAGCACCAAAUGACCUUUUGGAGCUCUCUUUAAGUGGUGCAGGAUUCCUUGGAUGUAUUGAAGACCUUAUGAUUGACUCGAAACCUAUCCUACCCCAAUCGCUUCCAGAGGACCAGGAUCUUGAGUUAGGUUGUUCCAAGACAGAGUGGUGUAAACCUGAUCCCUGUAAUGGACAUGGCCACUGUGUGGAUCUGUGGACUAGCUACCAGUGUGACUGUUUCCGUCCCUUCCAUGGGGAGAGCUGCUCUGAAGAAUAUCCUUCAUGGACUUACAGCCAUGAGGACACAGUGAGUUUUAGCUCCUAUGAUUUGGAAGAGAGCCAUGGAAGUAACUUCAGCGUGUCGUUUUUGCUGAAGUCCCUGAAGCCGGACGGGCUGCUGUUCCAGCUGAGAAGAUCCCAUGCAGAAGAUGAGGGAGAGGCCUACUUUUCCAUCUACCUGAGGAUGGGGAGGGUUUUCCUCAGCUCUCUGCCUGACAGCUCCCCACUGACAGCUCCUGUGUUUGUGACCACCGGGGAGAAGCAGUUUCUCUCUGUGGAAGUCAAACACACACAUGUGAUGUUCGAUCAUGCAGGACUUAACUACGGAAUAGGAGAGAUCCCUGAGGUGGCUGUCCAGAGCGGAGAUAAGGCUUAUGUUGGAGGGCUCCCAGAAGGCUGGGACACUGCUGGGUGGGGGGGGCAUUUUAAAGGCUGCCUCCAGGACUUUCGUCUAGACGAUGCACAUUUGGAUCCAGGUGGCUGGAGCAGCCCUGAUGAAAUAGUUUAUGUAUCAAGUGAAGCUGGAAAUUGGAAGGAGGGCUGCAUCAGCGACGAUGCCUGCAAGACGAAACCCUGUCAGAAUGGAGGGGAGUGCACCAUCACCUUCAAUGACUUCACCUGUUCUUGUCCAGAGGAAUACACAGGGAAGAACUGCCAAACACGAGUUUGGUGUGUCAGCAAUCCUUGCGCCAAUGGCGGCUUGUGCGUAGACCUUCCUAACGGAUAUGAAUGUUUGCACAAUGCCACGUUUGAGAGCAACCCAGUGCAGUACAGUGCUGGAGGCUCCCUGGCUGGACCCAUCGCUGACAUCUACAUGGAGCUGCGGACCCGAUCAGAGAAUGCUGUGCUCCUGAGGGCCUCCUGGGGCUCCAACCUGCUGGUGGUGGGCAUCCUGGACUCCUCAGUCUGGGUGGAGAUCCAGACGGACAGCAGCGUCAAGUCGGUGACCCUUAAGGGAAUCUGUCACGUGACUGACGGACACUGGCACCGCGUCAACGUCUCCAUGGCAGACUGGAAGCGCAAAGCCUCCCCCUGGGUCAUCACUGUCGAUGGAAUCACAGAUGCCACCAGCAAACAAGAGCGCACAGGAAGUCUGAGCUUCCUCAACAAAAAAGGAGCCUUGCUGGCUGUUGCAGACAGCUUCACUGGCUGUUUGGGUGCAGUGAGGCUUGGCGGGAUUUAUCUCCCCUUUGCAGAUGACCAUAAAGCUCCACAGCCCUCUCAGUUUCACAUAGUUGGGAAACCCAAAGUGCAUCUGGGCUGUAGCAGCGCACCGGUUUGCGAUUCUGGUCCCUGUCUAAACGGAGGCACAUGUGAAGACUUGUUCAAUAAAUUUGGUUGUGUGUGUGACACGGGUUGGGAGGGAGAGCUGUGUGAGACGGAUACUGACGACUGCGUGUCUCAGCCCUGUGUCUACGGCAGUUGCAAGGACUACCUGGCUGGCUAUGAGUGCCGCUGUGACCCCGGUUACACCGGAACGCUGUGUGACGAAGACAUUGACGAGUGUGCUCUUCAUCCCUGUGAACAUGGAGGAACCUGUCAGGAUGGGGUUAACAUGUUCACCUGUGUGUGCCCCACGUACUACAGCGGCCCCCGCUGCCAGUGGGACUAUCCUCCAUUACAAUGUGACACAGAUGUCCAAUGUGCAAAUGAUGGAAUAUGCAGAGAUGGGCUCUGGGGAGCUAACUGCACAUGCAUGCCAGGUUUCACAGGCAGCAGGUGUGAACUGGAGAUUGAUGAAUGUAACUCCAACCCUUGUCGGAAUGGCGGCUCCUGUUUGGAUCGCUUCAACAUGUUUGUGUGUGAAUGCCCUGCGGGGUACAGCGGCCCGCUCUGUGACGUCAACAAGGAGACCCAUAAACAGGGAAUCCCAUGGCUGAUGGUGGUUAUCCCGCUGCUCUGCCUCUGUGUGGUGGUCCUGAUCAUUGGCGCCACCUUCAUGCUGCUCACAGCCAGGAAGAAGCGCCAGUCAGAGGGGGCUUACAGUCCCAGCGCUCAGGAGCUGGCCGGAGCCCGGCUGGAGAUGGACAGCAUGCUGAAGGUCCCACCAGAGGAGCGACUCAUCUGACCGCUGGCUGCUGGGUGGAGGGAGUUCGAUCUGAUCGGAGCGCUGCAAGAUGAGCUGGGCACUCUGACACAUCACAAGGCACAGCCUCCGUGUGGUGGCCUAUGCUUCCUAAUCCCAUAAACGUUGUUUAUGGCGGAGCCUUAAGGCUAGUUUUCUACCAACCGCUACUUAUGUGGACUGUGUGUGUGUGCAGCGUCACAGUCCUCUGGCUCUGCACCUACGGUAAUGGAUAACAGCAUGUACUGUACUGGACCUAUGACUUAAAUCUCUGGCUUAACUUGUUUUCCUUGUGACACUGGGACGCUCCGAUCCCUGCCCGAGGGAAACGUCCAGCAGCGCCUCCGAUCUCUGCAGCCCUUCUCAUGGCGUGGGAAUUAGUGGACAACUUCACUAAAGUUUGACGUCAUCAGUUGUUUUGUCUCCGUUAAAUAUAGUAGAUUUUUACCCAUAUGCUGAUGUUAAUUUGUGUACAGUGCCUUGCAAAAGUAUUCAAACCCGUCAGCCUUCGUGGAGGAGUCAGAAGAAGGAAGCUGGUGUUGAAAGAAAAUCAUAAGUUCUGUCUGCAUUUUACCAAAAGUCAUGGAGAGGAGACAGCAGGAAGGUGGUGUGGUAAACACACGGGUUGCUUUACUUUAACAGAGCCAAAGAAGUUAGUUGGAAGGUGGAUGAAGCUGAGUCCAGAACAGUCCUGGAAGAAAACAUGUUUUCUACAAACAUGCCUUGAAACUGAGGCACUGACUCACCUUCCAGCAGGACAACGUUCAAAUGAAGGAUUGGACUAGAUCAAAUCAUAUUUGUGUGUUUCAAUGGCUGAGUCAAAGUCAGGAUCUGAAUCCACUGGAAGCACUACAGCAAUUACCUGUAGGUUCUAUUUCUACAAGCUCUGUUGCCAAUUUUAAGUUUGAGCAAAACUCUCAGUCCAGACAGAGUGAACAGGCAGAGAUGAACUCCAGAAAAGUGCUCUAUGAAUUAACUCAGGGAAGUUGAAUAUAAAUGUGUGACAUAUUUUUAAGACGUUUCAUCUUAAAAAUAUGAAAACGUCUUGUAUAAUUUUCCUUCCACUUGACCGUAAUGCUUUAUUUCUUCUUGUUACGAAUCCCAAUGAAAUUUCUGGUUCCAAUGUGAGAAAUUGGAAAAGGUGCAACGGAUGAAAAUACUUUUGUAAGGCACUGGAACCUGAGUCAGAAAGGGUCUGGACUCUCAACACCACACUGAAGUUUUUAUUUAACAAAAAUCACCCAGAAACUAAAUGUGAUGGAAGUAGGGGGCUUAAAACAGUUCUGUUUUUAGUCUGCAUGUUCUGAUGCUGUUUAAAACGACGGUCAGAACGUCGGACAUGUUAUGCAUGUCAUGCACAGCAGAACUCUGUAUAAAGCCUUUAGCUGCUGCCUUGGUCAUACUGAUGUUGCACUGAAUUUUCUACAAAGUUCUAUUUUUCAAACCAGUUCAGAUUAAUUAUACAGUAUUAAUUCACAUCACGUCAUCUCAAAGAGAAAAAUCUAAUUGGAAAUCCCAAUUCAGGUCCAGUUACACACUCCAAACAGUUCCUAAUACAGACCCAUCCAAUACACUGUAAUAUUAUUGAAAUGUCCACAAACAGCUAACAAGAACAUGACAUUUAACAUGAUUAUGUUCCACAUCCUAGGUCAUUACUACAGUCUGCAGUCUGUGCUGUAAAUAUCUACAGGUUACUAUGGUAACGUGUAAUACAAAUAUAUGAGUUUAAUGAAAUAGUCUGUGUAUCUUCCGUUGUACUUGUUGGGAGUUCUUUGAUUUUUCCAAACUGGGUGAAACAUGUCAGGAUUACAGGACCAAACUAAUACAAACCCAAGAGUUGCAGAAAUGUAUACAAAGAACAUAGAAACCUUAUGUUGCAAGAUCGUUGUUGUUUCAGUUUCAUAUUAUUCGUGAGUCGUAAAUUACAACUCGGCAAAAUCUGCUGUUACACUUUUGCUAGUGAUGUGACCAACUAUUUGCCGUCUUAUAGGUUUCCUUUUGCUUUUUGUCACAAAGGUUUUAGAUCAUCAAACACAACUGAUUAAAUACGGAAUGCAGAUUGGUUUAAAAAGGUAAUCUCUCCCUAAACAUAAUUUGUGGUUGUUCAACCCUUGGCAGCAACAAGUGUUUUAGGUGUCAAGCAAUGAGUCUUGUAAAUCACUGUGGAGGAGUUUUGACCCACUCUUCUUUGCAGAAUUGUUUUAAUUCAGCCUCAUUGGAGGGUUGUCUAGCAUAAAUGGCCUGUUUGAAAAAUGUCAAUUCUAAACCCUUUUUUUUAUUUUUUAUUUUUUUGUCAGUCAGAGGUGACUUUAUCUGGACAUUUUCCUAUACACUUUUUUAUGUCACACGAGUCAUGUGAUCAACAACCAGCUGUUACUACUGACAAAAACAAUGAAGACGACCACAAGAAGUAGUAGGAGGAUGUUGUUUUUGGGUUUCUUCUGACUAUGCUGCAGCUAUGCUGCUGCAGUAUAGCUGCAGCAUAGCUGCACAUGGCACUAAAGCUCACUGCAUCACACAGUUCAUAAAGGUUAUGUCAUUCCAAAGUGUUGAAUCCAUAACUCUUCUGUAAAAUUUCAAACUACCUCCCCUAAAUAGCUUCUCCCAAGUAAAGUAUAAGGGGUUUGAUGCUCCAACGCUGCUAAUAUCCUGUAGUUAAUUUACCACAGGUCUGCUGCUCCCUGGACAGAUAGCUGCACUGCCGCAGGGCAGCAGAGGUCACGCACGCACACAUUCACAUGCGCCUCAAAGCCAUUUAGAGACCAAUUAACCUAACAGGAGGGAGGAAGUCAGUGAGCUUACGUAACCUCCACACACAAACACACACAGCGAGAGCAUGCAAACACCACAUAGAGCAAACAUCUGCAUCACCAUGCAACCUCUAUAGCAAGUUUAAAAUAAGCCUGUCCUUACUAUGUAUUUUUAUUUAUUCAUUUAGUCAAAUUUGCUCUGCAUGAUUUCACUCUAAUAUUUUGAACCCCAGCAGGUAUUUUUUUGCAUUUGUGACAGUUGUUUUGUUUAUCCUGUCCCCCAAUACCUACUGACUUAAUUUCCUCUCACACUGCUCACAGGUUGAUCCUGUUUGGUUGGAAUACACCGUCUAUCUACGAUGACGUAUUGGUGCCAUUUUUUGUA